AUGGGCGCACUAAGCACACUAUGGCCCGGCGAUAAAUUUGGGAGCAAAAAGGUCGUGUUUGGCGGUUCUGUGGUUUCAUGUGUUGGAGCUGCGAUUCAAUUGUGGUGGGUCGGUAAAAUUUUCACCAGCAAGGAACUGGCUUUUGUCACAGCUACCGUGCCAAUGUGGCAGUCUGAAUUUGCCAAGCCCAUCGACGAGUGUGUCUUUGCUGGAAUUCUCGGGGCAUUUAUCAUAAACCUGCCCGAGUCGCCGCGACGGCCGGUCAAGAACGGUCGGAUCGAGGUAUCCAAGGCCAUCUUUGCUGCACUCGACGGUAUCCCGAUUUACGACCCACAUGUUUUCAAUGCAUGUCGAGGAAGUCCUUUCGGUGCUCGAGCAGAAACAGGGCAGUCGGCUCUCUCUAAAAAUGAUUGGCACCCAGGGGUCUAA